AUGCCCCGCCGCACGGUCUUUGUAUCACCCUCCACCUCUCGCACUACCUCUGGCAGCCCAGUCAAGCCACAUGCUGGCUCUGCGGGCUCCCCACCAGGCUCUGUGUCUAUCUUCGGUAUUGCCGUCCUCGAGAACCCGCGGCUAGCAGAUCCAGCCAAGCCUCGCUCAAUCACCUACGACGCUAGCUUCUGGAUGGGUGAUGGUCUAAUGCCGCUGACGGCGUGCUUUCGGUACUUCAACAAGGAAAAUGCAGAAGUUCCUGACCAUGGUGCAUUUGUCUUGAUGGCUAUGGUAGCUCAACCCACGGAGGACGCCGAGCUUUGCACUAAUGCCCGGCAUACUGACUAUGAUCUCAUCGGGGACAUUGUCUGGAUGACCUAUGCACCAGACGCCGACGCACGCAAAUGUCCGGUCAUGAUGGUCAAUGGGCCGGCACGGGAGAUCAGCGGCCGUGACGAUAACCCCGCGUCCUUCAAGAUCACAGCUAACCAGUUUGUCCAACAACUCAAGGACGCCAACCCCGGCCAUAUCUCGGCCGUCGUCGAGAUCCCGGACAACGGCCGCUUCAAGGCCGGGAAGAAGCCUCUUCCGCCCAACGAGGGAUCCAACGCCGCUGUGGUAGGCCAGCUUACCGCUGUCGAGCGCGCAGCUCCAGCGAUGGUCGCCGAAAGCUUCCAUCUCUCUAUGGAGAAUGUUGCUUACUUUCCGCGCUCCCACAGUUCACUGCCUGUUCACCAGCCUUCCACGCCGGAGAACAGCAAGCGCAAGUGGGCGUUUGAGGAUCCACUCACUACGCCACUUAAUCCGUCAAAAAAGCGCGCCAUUAGCACUGACAGUCAGUCUUCGACGUCCCCUAGCUCCCCCAGCAGUAGCAGCUCGAACGGUAAACAGGAAUCUGCGUAGAUUUGUAGCAGCAUACUCUAUUCAUAAUUUGUAAA